AGCGGAAGUGACCCCGCGUCUGUUGCAUAUUCGGUUUGUGAUGUUGCUGCUCGUCACGUGUCGCUUUAAGUUUAAGUUUUUCGCCUCAAGUUAACAAACAUGAGCGCCGGUUCCAACCAGAGGACUUUGUUCCAGACGUGGGGCUCCGCCGCGCCCCAAAACAAAUCCGCUCAACCGAGGAAAGAUGGCGUGAAAGCCGCUGGACGGCGCAGGACAACCCCGAGCAACUCAUCUCAGGUCCCCGCAACACUUCCUCCUCCUAACCCCCUGUGGACUGAGAUCGGUCAGGGGUCCUCACACCCGGCGCAGACCCCAGUGAGGACAGGGGAGCCCUGUGCAGAUGAAGAUGACGACGAUGAUCUCAUGGUGGUUGCUGUCUACGAGGCUGAAAAGAGCCUGAGACUUGACAAUGCGAACUUUCCCCAAGAUGACAACCCUGCAGGAGCAGAGGCCAGUGCCGGGUCUCCAGCCCCAUCAGCUGGGCAGACAUACCCAGAGCUCCCCGGCUUUGACAGCUCCUCAGCUAAAGUGUGGAUCUACCCCACCAACUACCCCCUCAGGGAGUACCAGCUGAAGAUCUCAGAGGCGGCUCUGUUCCACAACACGCUGGUGUGUCUGCCCACUGGUCUGGGGAAAACCUUCAUCGCCUCUGUGGUCAUGUACAACUUCUACCGCUGGUAUCCAUCGGGGAAGAUCGUGUUCAUGGCCCCCACCAAACCCCUGGUGGCACAGCAGAUCGAAGCCUGCUAUAAAGUGAUGGGGACCCCACAGGCCCACAUGGCUGAGCUGACAGGCAGCACAGCAGCAAAGCAGAGACAGGCGAUAUGGAGGUCCAAGCGCCUCUUCUUCCUCACCCCUCAGGUGAUGGUGAACGAUUUGUCCAGAGGCACCUGCCCAGCGCAGCAGGUGAAGUGUGUGGUGAUCGAUGAGGCCCACAAGGCGCUGGGCAACCACGCUUACUGUCAGGUGAUCAGACAGCUCGGGAGCCAAACUCUGCAAUUCCGCAUCCUGGCCCUGAGCGCAACCCCAGGGGGGGAUACAAAGUCGGUGCAGUCGGUGAUCUCUAAUUUGCUCAUCUCCCACAUCGAGCUGCGUUCAGAGGAAAGCCCUGACAUCAGGGCCCACUCCCACCAGCGCAGCGUAGAUAAAGUGGUGGUUCCUCUGGGAGAGGCCCUCUCUGCUCACCAGGCGCGCUACCUGCAGGUGCUGGAGAAAUUCAUGUCUCGUCUGGUGCAGAACCGGGUGAUGGCUCAUAAGGACCUGAGGACUCUCAGCAAAUACCAGCUCAUCCUCGCCAGAGACCAGUUCCGCAAAAACCCACCCCCGCAACUCAAGGGUCCACAGCAGGGGAUGCUGGAGGGCGACUUUGCCCUCUGCAUCAGCUUGUACCACGGAUACGAGCUGCUGAUGCAGAUGGGCCUGCGAUCGCUCUUCUUUUACAUCCAGGGAAUCAUAGACGGAUCCAGAGAGAUGUCCAGGGCGAGGAAUGAGCUGCAGAGGACCCCCACCUUCAUGGACCUCUACCAUGAGAUGAAAGAUAUGUUUGUGAAGCCGUCUGCUGGUCCAGAUGAGCCGUUCAUUUAUAGUCACCCCAAACUGGAGAAACUGGAAGGGGUGGUGCUGCAGCAUUUCCGACAGUGGGCUGAGAGCUCGGCACACAAUGAUGCUCUUGGGGCGGAGAGCACGCGGGUGAUGAUCUUCUCAUCUUUCCGGGAAAGCGUGCAGGAGAUCGCCGACAUGUUGAACCGCCAGGCUCCGAUGAUCAGGGUCAUGACCUUUAUGGGCCAGGCGUCUGCUGGGAAGGGGGUCAAAGGCUUCACCCAGAAGGAGCAGCUGGAGGUGGUGCACAGGUUCCGUCAGGGAGGCUUCAACACGCUGGUGUCGACCUGCGUGGGGGAAGAGGGGCUGGACAUCGGAGAGGUGGACCUCAUCGUUUGCUUCGAUGCGCAGAAGAGUCCCAUUCGCCUUGUGCAGCGAAUGGGACGUACUGGCCGUAAGCGGCAGGGACGCAUCGUUGUCAUCGUGGCUGAAGGACGCGAGGAGAGAACAUACAACCAGAGCCAGAGCAACAAGCGCAGUGUGCACAAGUCCAUCACUGGCAACCACAGUGGGUUUCACAUGUAUCCCAACAGUCCCCGCAUGCUGCCAGACGGAGUGCACCCCACCCUGCACAAGAUGCACAUUACCUGUGGCCAGUUUGACCACAAGGAGAGCAGCAGGGCGUCUGUCGGGGGUCGACGGUCCCACUGUGACAGCCGGACCUCCCUCAUCCACCCUCGGAACUUAUUUCAACAGAGCAGGGCAACAUCUGACGGGUUUCUGAGCAGUGCAGAAUAUUCCCUGUGGGCGUCCACCAUGAGGCUGCAGGAUGGUGAAGCUCAUCCAACCCUGAAGCAGUCACACUUUGUGUCCAUACCCAGUGAUCUACCUCCUCAGGAGGAACAUGGCAAAAGUGGCGCCCCGUCCAGAGAGCUGUGUUUGUGGGAAUGGAGACACUGGCAGCACAAAGAGUUGCCCACCCACGUGGUCGAUCACUCCCUCCGCUGCCGCCACUUCAUCCAGGUGAUGGAGCUCGUAGACGGCAUGAAAGAGGAGAACGAGGGGGAGUGCCAUUACGAACAGGAGCUUCUUCCUUACCUCCACAAUGCCAACACAGGUGGCGACAUGAGAAAAGGACAGAAGAAGCAGAAGAGUGUAAAGACCAGCGCUCAAAAACCCAAACCGUCUCAUUCGACAUCUGAUCUGGAAUGUAUGGAGGAAGUCGAGAGCGACUUCACAGAUCACCCAGCGCCUGACGCUAUUUGUCCUCUCCCUUCGAAAAAUGACUGUCCAGAAGCUGACCUGGAUGAUGACUGUGUCAUCAUUAAAGAAAGUGUCAUAAAUUCAGACAUUAUUUCCCAGCUGAGUACAAACAUUGAUGAGGAAGAUGUUGAGCUUGAGGCCAUGUUCUACCUUCCGAAGUGGGAUUCAGCUCCUCCUCCCUCCUCGGCUGAGCUCCUGCCAGGUACAUGUGAGCGUCUGAAGGUCAUUCUGGCCAACGUAGCCGAGCUCCUCUCUCGACCUCCUUUAUUGCCGCCUGCGGAGUUAGAGGCCGAUAUGGCAGCUCCGUCACUUCCUCCCCCUCAUCAGCAGCUUCUUCAGCCAUUUCACGUCAGCUUUACCCUGGAUAUAGACGACGACGACGAUGAUGAUGAAAUGCUGAUGAGCGAAGCCGACAAUGCCUCUCCGAGGACGGUCUCAUACCAGCAUCCAGCAGGUGAGGAGGACAGUAAAAACUGCAUUGAUCCGCCUCAUCAGGGGCAAACGCCUGUUCGUGUAGCAGCCAUCAGUCCCACCUGGGAUGAGGUGUUUGGGGAGGAAGAAGCCAACAUGGAGGCAGACGAUGAAAUGAACAAUAACUUCAAGAAGCAACAGAUUGGCGAGGAAGCUGAGAAGAGCAAGGAAAUAAAGAAUAACUCCGACAACACGAGCGAGGAAAAGGUCCUCUGGGAUAAUGUGAGGACUGAGGAAACGCCACACUCGACGGUUGGAGGUGUGAGCGUCAACAGGGCCUCUCGGUGCAGCCCUCACAUGGACGACAGCAUGGAUCUGUUUGGGGACGACGAAGCCUUCCUUCAAAUGACCAUCCCAGACAUCCCCACUCCUGGCGUCACACCCGGGAGGUCCACUUGUGCCGCAGACGUUUCCGACAACAUAAAAAGGAAGUCUGACCCGUCACAAAUGCAGAACACAACAGACCUGUUUAGCACUGUGCCCACAGCAGACAGCAGACAAAUAUUACACACAAUGCAAACGGAUGGUUUAGAAUGCACGAAGCACGUUACGCAUACUCCGCAUGCCAAGCUAAAAACUCAUGAUGCGGCCGCUUGUAACAAUAGAGAUAAGUUAAUUUCAGCUCACUGCAAAUCUCCCACAGUGCAGCAAAACGCUGAGUCAUGUGAUAGGUCCCAUGACUACUUCUCUGUCAACUUUGACCUUGGUUAUUCCCUGGAGGACUCAGAAGACGAAGCAGACGUAGAGGCCGUCCCUGCCUUGUGUACGUUGUCCUCUCCAGAGCCUAAAAAGCAGGCAGCUGACUCCCCAGCUUCGUUGUCGACCGUUUCUAACUCCUCCACUCCCUAUAACAGGUUCAGUGCACAGAGAAUCCCCGCACAGUGCCAUGAAUCUAAACUGUCCACACCCCGAAAGUUUUCAGUGCAGAGGAACAGGGAAAUGUCGCCUCUUCUGACGUUUAAGAGUGGCGCUCUCCCCUCUCCCAUCACAUCAGUGGGAGCGAGGAGGACGCUCGUGCCCGGUCCAUUCAGGCCUCACGCGCCCUCUUUGCUCUCCAGCUCGAAACAUAGACGACCGGCGGGUUGCGCCGCUGAGGUCAAAGGAGGGUCAGGUGCGGAGAACGAGUCACUUCAGGAAUCGGUUUGGGUGUCUGACUCACCCCCUCAUCCAGAGGGAUCCAACAAUGACAGUGAAGAGGAAGUUGUGGUUCUUAAAAGAAGACAUCAGAAUGUAUUCAACAACUUGUCGUCCCCAGAAGUGUCCAAGAUCAGUGACGUGGACUCUCCAGUGGUUGUGAACAGGAAACGUGCAGCUCCUCUUAACACUUCUGAUGAAACAGAGGGCGAAGCUGUUUCUGAUGAUGAUUUCCAGAACGAGAGCGUGUUUGCACGGCGAACCCCAGCGCAGGGAGGCGAGAGGAAACGAGUCAGACGGGCUGAAGCCAAGCACGCCGCGUGUCGCAAAGGGCGUCAGUUCCUGCAGGAAGAAGCGGAGCUGUCGGGGGAUGAAGAGGGGGCAGACGUGUCGUCUGAUGAAGAGGAUGGAGAUGAUCAGAACCAGUCUCUUGAUGGAUUUGUGGUCAACAACACACACUUCUCCCAGGGACUGAAUGACUCAGAGAUGCAUGGGGUUUACCUGAAGUCAGUGAGAAGCCCUGCAGUCCACGGCAAGUUCAAAAUGUCUUACAGAACCCAUCGCACUGACAUCUUCUCCCAGGUGCCUGAGUUGGAUGAAACGUAUGCCGAGGACAGCUUUGUGGUCGGCAGUGAGGUGGAGGAGGUGGAGAGCAGCGAGGAAGAGGCUGAGGACGUCCAGCUCAUGCCUGACGACUCGUACGUGGACGGUAAAAGGCAGUAUGCCACCAGGCGGCGUGUUUUACUGCACAACGUCAGAGCGAGAGCCAGACCCGGAGGUAAGAUUGCGGCCGAAGCUUCUUCAGAGCAGAGAGCUGAGGAGAAAACCAAGCGUACCCGGAUCAUACGCGUGAAUGAUUCCAGUGAUGAGGAGACGGGUGAAGUUAGCGAAGAGAGUCUUACAGCAGGGGGCAGUGUUGCUGUCACCUCGCGGCAAAAGGCAGCACAGCCGGAGCCCAGCAGGCAUCAGCAGCAGAAAGCCCCCUCCUCCUCGUCGUCAACCAUAGCAUCUAAGGUCUCACUGUUGAGUAAAGGACGAAGGAGCUCCGAGAGUGAAGAACAGCUAAAUGAGAGGUGUUGCCAGAGGUUAGAAAACCAGCAUCUCCUCUCUGAUGAGCUCGACUUUGAGAAGUCAGUGUCGCCGUUAACCUCCAAGAAUCCACCCAAGGCCCCACCCACCACCUCCUCAGCGCCUCAGCCCCGGGGGUCCGUCUGUCAGGGUGCGUCAGUCAGCGAGGCCCCUGCUCCUCCCGGGUCUGUUUGCAUUCUGGUGGACAGUCGCUGCAUCAGUACCGGAGUGGAGCUGAUGACCAGCCUGCGUCAGCGGCACGCAGCCACCGUCCACGUCUGCUCCCUGGACGGCAGCUACUUCAUCGUCAGCAACCGCAUGGCGGUGGAGAAGCACAGCCAGUUGGAUCUGGCAGCAAUGCAGAACCGGAAGCGAUUGGUCGAAAGAGUGAACAGCUUACAGGGAUUGUUUGAGCGCGUUUGUCUGAUUGUGGAGAAGGACCGAAGUAAGCCAGGUGAAGCGUCACGUCCGUUUCAGCGCACACGAUUCUAUGACGGCACGUUAGCGGGGCUGGUGCGCACCGGGGUUCGCCUGCUGUGGAGCGACGGCGCCGAGGAGAGCGCCAGCUUGCUGGCGGACCUGGCUCGGCUGGAGCAGCGUAAAGGUCAGGGCAUCAGUGCACCGCUGGAGGUCAGAGGGCAGCACAAGCAGCAAGCCCUGCAGCUGUACCUGAGCCUGCCUUCAGUCAGCUUCGUCCACGCUCUGAACAUGAGCCACAACUUCAAGUCCGUCGCACAACUGAUGAACAGCUCCAUUGAAGCCAUACAGAAAGGAGGCUGUAUGAGCACGUCCAGAGCUGAGGAGAUCUACCGCUUCCUGCGCUACCCUUGUGACACUUUCCUCAUGAACACAUCAAAAGCAGGAAAAAACAGUUAGCAGCCUGGGGGGAGGCAGACUGUGCGAAAUCCUUGACUGAAAACCAUCUCCAUCAUUAAUCACCAUCAAGCUCCUUUUCUUUCUUCCCGCUUCUCCACUUCGUACAUCAUCUAUCCUUUCUAUCUCAGUACUCACCAGGGACCGGAGGACAACAGUAACUCGGCUGCGUACAGUAGCCGCUUUAUCUGGCGCUGGGUCUGAGUGAGAGAAGAGCCUCAGGAUACUGACUCAGCAUUUUUGCACAAGAAAUUGAAGGGGAACCCCGCUCAACUUUAUAUAUAGAACUUUAUAUAACACAAUGGGACAUACAUAAAGCACACUGUCCAUUUUAUGUUGUCGUACUGGCAGUAAUCCUGUCAGACUGUGUGAGGAACCACUGUGAUCAUAGGAAAAAAAAUCUGCAUCUGACACUUGAAUAACUUAUUGUUUUUGUCAAAAUAAUGGACACGUACAGAUAUUGUGUUGAAUUUGUUAAAUAAACAGUGAUAUUUGUGUA